AAAGCAUACGUCAGCAGAUAUCCACCCACUGGAGGGGUGUCCUCCUCGGUGACCGUGAGGCCCGGAGCAGCCAGCCAGACGUGGAUCCAGGAUCAGGACGCAGGAACAGGAAUCUCCUCCUGAGUCGGUGCCACGCCGCUGACUCUCCGCUCCCCGGUGGCUGCUCCGGUAAUCAGCAUCUUAUGCUCUUCUGCUCAAGAUGGCGGUGCAGGCAGCGGAAAGCGACGGAAUACUGGUGCUGAAGAAUGUGGAGGAGGACCACCUGAACGACUCGCUGGGGAACCCCGGCCUCAUCUCACCUGACAAGGAGGAUUUAUCUCGACUCCUGACGGUGCCAUUCAGCGGCCGCAUCCGGGGCGGCAUGAGGCCAGGGAAGAAGAUCAUAGUGAUGGGCAUUGUGGACCUGGAGCCAGACAGCUUUGACGUCAGCCUGACCUGUGGCCGCGACUCAGAGAAGGAGGAUCCUCAGCUUGACGUGGCCCUGAAGCUCACCGCCCGCUUCACCGACCGCCAGUUCCUCCGCAACGCCCGAGUCUCUGGGAAGUGGACGGAGGAGGAGGCGUCCACCGCCUACUUUCCCUUCAUCCCCGAUCAGCCUUUUAGGAUUGAGAUCCACUGCGAGCACCAGAGGUUCCGGAUAUUCGUGGACGGACACCAGCUCUUUGACUUUUAUCACAAAGUAAAAUCUUUGCAGUCUAUCGACACGGUACGGAUACAAGGAGACCUACAGAUCACCAAGCUUGGCUAACUUCCCGCUCUGCACGUCGUUUGUGAAGCGAGGACUUGAUCACAGAUGACCGUACACACACCUGUAACGUCAUCAUCCAUUACCCAUCAUGCAACGCUGGGAUAAAAGGCUCCAGCAGCGACAAGUUAGAGUUUUUCUGCUUCGUUUCUUUCUCUUCUUUCUGUUUGACCAGGAUCUGAUGUGAUGAAGCUCUGUGGGUGAAUGUGUUUGCUCCGUUUUUCAGGGAUCUUUCCUCGUAGCCAGAGUUUUGUCGGAUCAGGGAUUAUUUAUAGCACAUAAAUUUUUUUCGGAUGAAUCCUUUAGGGAAGCAGGUGAGGAGACCUUGGAAAAAUAACUCUAGAAACCAGUUACUCAGGUAAAAAUAUCACUGAGACACUAAUGUUCAAGCUUAUUGGCAGAAAAAUUUGAAUUACUAGCGAGCAAUUUAAUCCUUUAGCUAAACUGAAGACUGUUCAAAUUGGUCUAGCAACUUUAAACGUGUAAAAAUCUUCUGACAUCUUUUGGAUAAACUGGAAAAUGCACGCUGAUAUUUCACCAGAGCACAGUGACAAAUGCUCUGCUGAAUCUGACUAUUCAACCUGAGCCGUCAGUAAUUCCCACACGGGCUGAAACAAUUCUCAUAUCAGAGAAAUCUGGUUUAAAUCAGAAAACUGUUGCAGGUUUUCACACAUUUCAGCUGGAUGUGUAAUUAUUGUUGCAUUUAUCUUUUGGAGACUCUCAUCUUUUGAUCACAUCAGAGCAACACCCUGUUUUCUAAUCCGAGUCAGUCAGCGCUCCUCUGCCAUCCCUUGGGUAUGUUCCAGUUGUCAUGGUAACACGCUGCAGCCUCACCGACCUAAAUACCCAAAAAUGAGGAUUAUAUCAUGACAAGGAUGCAGCGUCCCAUAUUGAACAUGGCGUGUGAUGAUAGUUUUCACUCAUUUUAGUGAUCAUUGCAGAAAAAAAACACGUGCUGGAGUCCAGUUCUGACGUUUCCUCUGAUGGAUGAGGAGAUUAGAGGAAGUUUUUUUUAAAUAGGGUUUCAAAACCGGACUCACAGAACGCUUUGUUUUCCUGCAAACUUCACCAGAAUGUUCCACUAAAACAAUAUGCAAGCUCUCUAUACUCUCACAAAACAAUUCUUCAGUGCUUAUUUAGAAGGAAGAAACUCUCUCCGAAGUGUGCAAGUGUUGAUCUGAGCGCCAAAAACCUUCAGUCGCAUUCGACGGUCAGUCAGUCUGGAAGCAGGAGCAGAUCCUGGUGGUGUUUGAAUGUAUAGUGUUCAUGUCUCUAUAGUAGCAUAGCAGACAAUAGUGAUGCACAGAAUAAGUUUCUUAAAGUUUCUGGCUGGUGCUGUUCUAGUUCAUUAAACUGUACGUCUUCUAUGUUUCCUGUAUCAUUCCACAUCAGCAGACAAACACUAUAAAGCAGUUCCAGCCGUGUUUAAAACAGCCAGCAGGUUUUUAUUGACGUCUGUGUUGCAUCGCAUGGUUUUAUCUUCAGAACAAAUUCCACUCUUUGCAGGAUUCUUUUUGUUAUCUAAGGCAGAAAGCGAGUGCUAACAAACCCACUAAUAGUUGUGGUUAUCUUCAAUGCAAAACUCUCGAAUAUUACAAGUAUUACGUCUUAAGGUGCUCUGUUUACACUUCUUCUUCCAGUAUGGGAUGCUGUGUGAGGCGACUGCACAGAUUUCAGGUUUCUGUUCACUAGUAAAGAGUUUUUAAGUCCAAUAAAUCAUUUGCUGAUGCUUUUAGAAAUCAGUUGGGUUGCCAGGUUGUGAGAAAUCCCUCUUGUGUUUGGGAAUAGUGCAGUUAAAGGUUGUUAAAUGUCUAACAAUCCAACAGUUCUGCAGUUAGACAUGCUAAUAAAGUUUUCUGACAGUUUAUAAUAAUGAAUCAAGGCUGGAAUUGGACGUGUUUGUAGGCUGUUACUAAACAAUCUGGUCCAGAUGUUUUCCAGUAACUAAAAAGUCACCUAGCUGUUAAUUUUCUGCUCUAUUAUUUAUAAAACAUUAGCAAAUGAUUUAUUAAACACACUUCCUCGACUUACAGACCCUUUAUAAAUGGUCUCAUAUUGAAAAGUGGCUAAUUUCUGCUUUUUCUGACUAAAACUUGGAACUGGAUCACCUUUAAAGAGAAGUAUCCACAUUUUAAAGCUGCACAUAAUUAAGAUUUUGACAUUUUAAGCAUUCCAUCGUAACGAGCUAAUGAGGGUUCUCUCCCGUCAUCUCUAGGACUGACAUCUGUGCAGAGCAGUCGGUAAUUGAUGCACGCCGUCGCUCACGUUAAUGAAGGAAACCUCUUUGUUUAACAUCUCAUUACCUGCAUCCAUCUGAGCGGCUUCAUGCACUGAGUAUUUAUUAGUUCCUAGCAAUAACUCGACUGCUCGGGACUUUGUUUCCGCCUGGCUUGUCAGACGAGGUCUUCCUCCUUUUCCUCCCGGCAGGCGCUGGUUUAUUUCGGACAUAAACAGGAAAGCUUUUUUUUUUUUCUUGAAGCCAGCGUGAUGCAUCAUUUACUCCAGUAUUACAGCAGAACAAAUGUGUACAGAUAGCUGUGUUGAUGGGGUGUGUUGUUGGGUUUUUGUGUUCUUUCUAUUAACUGGUGACCAUUUGUAACUACAGUUUCCUGUUAUGACAUGUUGAUAUAAUCCGUGUGACUUGAGUGACGUAGAAACUAAAGAUGUGCGUUGAAGUGGGGUUUUUCUGGCAGCAGGAAUCAUGGGGGAGGGAGACAAACAGUUCAAGACUUCCUGAAUUAAAGGGCUCGAACCAGGAGGCGUUUUGUGCGAGUGUGUGUGUGCAGAUCGGUUUUGUUGGUUUGUUUGCGAACAGCUGGAAGGUACUCGAGCUUUGGUUGAGUUGCACUUUAAAAAACAGUGUUGCUGUCCACUUACAAGACUCACAACUGCUUAGUGUUACACUUAAAAAGACACUUUUUUGGUACAUGUGCGUGGAAUAUUGUGUUUCUUCCUGAAAUCUAGUGUUCAUGAUCUCCUGAUGAUCCCAUCUUUCCACCAACAAUCUUGGGAAUUCAUAAUUUAUCUCUCUGAAGUAUUAUUUUAAUUGUUCUACAACCCUUUAAAGAUAUAAGAAAAGCUGAAUGUCAUUCUCUUCCUGAUUGUAAUCCGAUGAUCUGGUAAUAUUCACCCAAGUUAUUUAGGAUCUGCUCUGUUUAGUUGUGAAAUGGACCCUCCCUACCUUAACACCUGUUUAUUUGACCCAGGUCUGUGUGUUACUGAGCAUCUGGACUUUGGAUGUACAUAUUUAUGAACGUGGCCUCGGUGGGCUUCGUUUUUUUACGGAUAACAAGCUGAGCUGGAAGCAUUUUGUUGUGCAUGUAAGCGAGUACCUGGCGAUUUGUAAAACAGACUGACUUAUUACUGGUGUGUUGCCAGUUUUUGUUUCAGUCAAGCAUGCUGUUUUUAUUUCUUACCACCUAUCCAACGCGUUUUCUUCCCGCCUAUUUACUUUUCUAGCCUAGCGUGUAUGAAAAUGAAAGUUUAGUGCUUCUCUUGAUAUUAAAUUACACUGCUGAUACAAACAUUUAGACGCCCAAAGCAAAUAUUUGGACUAAUUGAACUAUUUCCCCGUGAUUUUUAACAAGUAGAACAAUGAAACAGAACUGCUAAAAAGUGCUAAAUGGCUUCACCAUGACCAUUAAUGAAGUAGAAGUAGACUAAUGUGUCGUGUGGUUGUACAAUCAUGUUAUCAUUUCUAUUUAUUCCAGUGUAACCAGCAGGGUUGAAGCAUUUUUGCUGUUUCUAUGAAUUGAAAAGUGUUUUGCGAUAAGGAACGUUUCGUGUCUGGAUGGAAAAGCCCCGACUGCUUUUUCUUUCAACUGCGAAACAAGGUUAAACAUGACUUUGACGCCAGUUUUCAGGGAGUCUGAAGAUCACCGGUUGUUGCUUCAUGUGAUCUUCUGAAGGUCUUUCAUCUUCCCGAGCUGUUUGAUCAGCGGAGCAGCUUUUUUCUGGUCGUCACACAGGGAAAAAAUUUUUUAAAAAGACAGGAGCACUUCCCAAAAUAAUCAGAAAAUGACCCCAAAUUUAGUGUCUGUUGACAGUGUUCACAGAACCAGUGUUUAGAUGAAGACGGUACACUCUGACGUGUUUUUUCCUCCUUCUCCCUGCUUUUGUAAAAACAGCUACUUUGCAAACCAAUAAACUUCUCAUCUUGGAA